CUAUCCAACAAAGAGCAUUAGCCGGUAUUGCACGGGACGACUCACCGGGCAGUACACAAUCGAAGAGGUAGCGCUGGCGACACCGGAUUGAUUGAUUGAUUGAUUGUGAUUGAUUUGCCCGCGCUUGCAUUGACGAACACCGCAAACAGUCCAUAGGGAAACGAAACGAAGCGAAACAAAGCGAAACAAAGCAAAGCAAAACAAACAAAGCUCCAGCACCAUGCCCAAGCCGAAACAGAGAGAACUCGCGAGCAUGGAGAACAUCACCUCACCAGCACCAUCGUUGUCGUCCCCCGAGGUUAAAAAGCGGAGUCGAAAACGGCGCAUCCAAUCCAGGGAAGAACGAUCGCCGAGGAGCCGUUCCAAACCCAGAUCGUCGAAGAAGGGCCGAAAAAGCCGCAAGGACGACCUCCCGCCCUCGUGCUUGUUCUCGCUGACGCCCAAUGCCGUGGAACUGAUGGCCAUGGGAAUCGACCUGUUCGAUCGCAGACACGAAGGGCCGCCCGGGAAGCCUUCCAAAUCCAAUGCAAGCAAGGCUCAAGCGGAACGAGACCGGGUGGCGUCGGCCGAGAGCGCAAGCAGCGCAAUCGACGGCAACAGCGCCCACAGCCGGCGAAACGAAUUGGUUCUCAGGCUUCGGGUCGAUCUGCCCCCACCCGUUCCCGAAUCGGUGCCUGGAAAGGAGCAAACGCCCGUGGCAAAGAAUCCCAACAGCGAGAACAACGGAGAACAAGCCGCCCUCUACGGCACUCUCGGAGACGGACGAUCCACGAUCCGUGCCAUGGUCCUCAACCCGGACGGCAUAUGGUCCAAGCGGCUCGAACGAGACCAGGCGGCAGCGGGCAUCGAAGGCAAGGAAGCAUCGAGGAAGAUCGAUUGGAUCGUCAUGGUACACGGGUAUGCUUCGACCGAGAAAUUCUGGCACACCAAAUACCAGAUCUUCCCGGUCAUUUGCCUGACGUCGAUCUCGAUCUUGCACACGUGUGCCCCGAAAAAGUCGUUUUCGCCACUGGGGAAACCGCUGUUUUCGAAAGGUGUUGGUCUCGCCACCAGUUUCAAGGCCCAGGCCGGCACCAUCGGAACCUUUUUGAAGGAACGGGGACCAUUUCUUACAAACGAAGAGCUUGCGGGAUCUUCUAGAAUACGAGACCCAAAGACCGAAUCCUUGGCGGCAGUUGUUUCGAACGACGAGAACAACCCGGAAACAAGCGAUGCUCUGCUCUCGUCGUUGAAAACCUCCGCGGACCAAAAUUUCAAAAAGGUACACGACUGCCUGUCGCGGCACUCCGCUAUGCUAACGUUGCAGCAGUCCUCGUCGGUGGAGCCACUGCCGUCGGCUUUGGUUCUGUCUGGAACGUCAAUGCCGGGCCAAAGCUCUUCCACGGACAAUGAGGAUUCUUCUUCUGACCCACCCGUUCCGAGCGACAGCCCGUCGAAGACGAGACAGCCCACGCAACACGCAUGGGAACUCUACAAUGGGACCCUUCGAGAAUUCCGAACCUCGCAAAUGGACCGCCAAAAGGCUUCGCUUGGGACCAACACCGGACGAGAAUCGGCAGAGCGGGCGGAGCUGGUGGUGACACAGCACAAUGCAGCCCUCGAACUCGCCCUGAAGGAAGAAGGGCCCCUGUCCGUCGAAUUGUUGGUAAGUCCUGGCGUCGAAGAACGAACAGAUACCGCUUUGGCUCUCUGGAGGUUUGGGUUUUUUACUGACUGUCUUUGUGUUCCCAUUGUUCUUGUUUGUCCUAGGUAAAAUGGCACAAAGAACUGCUCAGGGGAUUGCAUCCAGAGGCUGGUGAGUGCGAUGAUGGAUAUUUCUAUCUGUCGAUGGAUCGCCUGUUGUAUCGUUGAAAACGAUGUAAAUCAUCUAACAGAAUUCUGUGCUUUAUUGAUACCAACUGAUGGAAUUUGAAUCUUUUGCCCUGCAUAUUAUUUUUGGAUUUUCCAGGGGAAAUUCGGACCCGAACUGUCCGAUGCGGGCAUACUGUAUUUUGUCCUCCCAAACAAAUCGAAAACCAAUUGGGUGAGUGUUCGUGGUACUUAUUCAAACCGAACGAGGUUUGUCAGAGAUCCUUCGGAGAAAGAAUACAUUGCUCGAACUUUUUUCUAAUCUUCGUUGACCACCUCUGUUGUUUUUCUUAGAACUUUACUGUGCCGGUUUGAAGUCGCUGGAGUUGCGUUUGGAUAUGGCCAACAACGCACUUCACGUGGUGCUGUUUGCGGCUGUAGCAAUGUUCGGCAUUGUUGAUAUUCAUCCAUUCAUUGAUGGAAACGGUCGUCUAUCACGCAUCGUCGCAAACUAUGCUCUGAAGUGGGUUCCGUUUCCCAUCAAUUUAUUUGCUACACCGGCACAAAGAAACGAGUAUGUCGUUGCGAUAGAACGCACACGGCAUGUUUUGUCUGCGAACUGUAGUUUCGGAGAUGUGUCGCGAGACGACUUGGUACAAGUCAUUAAAUACACGGGUGUCUUUGGGGCUCUGGUAGAACUGUUGAUGGAUCGGGUGGCGAGGGCUGGUACCACUCUAGCAGCACUUUGGGAAGAAAAAUCUGGUUUGGCGGCCGAGGCCGCCGAAGCAAAAGCGGCUCGCAGGGUUAGAGAAAGGGCCUCGAGGGGAACGUGCAUGAUCUGUCUCGAUGAAAAACCGAACAUUGCUACUCUUUGCUGUGGGAACGCAAUCCAUCUCAAUUGUUGCGCCGAGUGGCUGAGUGGCAACAACCGAUGUCCUAUAUGCAGACACGAAAUGCCAUCGAUCAGUGGCCGUGUUGUCCGUGCAAUGGAAGAGCCAAGAGAACGAUACGAAGAAGAAAACGAAGAUGGUGAUACCGAUGGGACCGGUGGACAGAACCCAGAAAUAUUUGAACGAGAUUAUCAGAAUGUUGUAGAAAGAUUUUGGACCGAAGUGAGGCAGGGCAGUCGCACAAACCGUGCCAAUCGUAGCAAUCCUUCGUUCUUGGAAUUCUUUGACAGCACGACAACUCUUCCCGAAGACACGGGAGUUAGGCUCAGAUUCAACGACGAGUCGUCGGGUUCUAGUGAAUCUGAUAGCGACGACGACGUUGUCUCAUUGCAUCGAUUGCGCAACAAUGCCAGGACGAGAGCUAGAGGCAACAAUAUGGGAAACCGCUCAACCGUGAAUCCCGACAUCCAAAACAUAGAUGAAACCACCACGGACAGCUCGGAAAGCAUCGACCAAGGCGGGGAACACGAUGCCACCACGACAAUCGUUGGAGAGGAGGAUGCCGAGACCGAAGACAAUUUGGACACGACGACUACGACCGUGAACGAAAGCGAAUCAAACACCACAACUACGACCGACGAUAGCGAUUCGCAUUCUCAAGAACCUCGUCGGCACGAGAUGUCCAUGAUUUGUGCGUCUUCAUCGUGUCGCAACCGCCCGGCGUUGGGGUGCACAAACAACCUUUGUGGGAGAUGCUGCGUGCUUAUUGGAAAUUGGCAUUGCCCAAGACAUAAUUCUUGAGUCGCUGCACAACCUGAUCAGCUACAUUCUACCGUUCUAAGUCACAUGCUAGCAUCUCUGCUGUCGAUGCAAAUUGUUGCGUAGUAAUCCAACACCAAAGUUUUGAAAAUCCGGAAAUGUAGUUUU